AUGGAGUCUUCAACCCUCAGAUCCCCUCAGGAGGCUAAGCCAGUUCCCCCCUAUACCCUGCCUGAACGAAAAUGCCGGGCUCGACACAACCAACUUGUCCCUGGCACUCUCUGUUCAGUAUGCGAGGCACUGGAUGUGAAUGCCCUCCUCGCCCCAGCGACAGAGGAUGUCGCAGGAGAACUGCGUCCUGGAGUCCACCUCGGCACCCUCUCCCACCUCCGCGACUGUGCCAGCCACUGUCCCUUCUGCAGCCUGAUCGUCGAUCAAACCCCCCCAGUCAUCUCCCCCGAGGCGGUCAAGCCCGAGCACUUCGAGUACAAGGAGCACUCCCAUCGGGUCCCCGCGCCGAUUGACCACUGGAGAUACGGGACUGACACGCUUGGGCCCGACGACGUGAUCGUCAGCCUGAGAAGCUUCCGCGGCGACAUGGAACAUCUCCAGGACUUGCCCAUGAUGGCCUGGAAAGACUACCUCGACGAGCCUACCGCCACGUGGCUCGAGAUUCUCGUUCACAGCGGUGGACAGGCCUUCGGAAACCCCGACGAGGGCAUGGCGAUUACGUGCCAAAAGCGCCUUGUUCCGUGUUUGGGAGACCGGGUGCGAGCACCGCUGGGGGGACGAACCGUUGCUCCGCAAGUCGAGUACUCUGAGUUGAGGUCCUGGCUCGAUUCGUGCUUGCAGAACCAUGAAGAGUGCUUGUUGCGCGAGUUCAAGUCCAGCGCAGCUCCAGAGAAGCAUUUCUGGUUGAUCGACACCGUUGAGAGGAAAAUUGUCCUCGCCGAUCAGAAUGCAGAGUAUGCAACCCUCAGCUACGUUUGGGGCGAUGCUCAACCCAAGUAUAUAUCCUUGAAAGAGAUUGCCCCGUCAAACGGGGGAAACCAGAAGCCCGGUGCAGAUCUCCCUCGGGACCUCCCCUCGACCAUCUCAGACGCGAUCGAAUUCUGCUGCGGGCUAGGUAUUCCCUUCCUGUGGGUUGACUCUCUCUGUAUCGACCAGGACGAUCAAGACAUGAAAGAUUUCCUCAUCGACAGGAUGCACACGAUCUACAUGAACGCCAAAGUCACCAUCAUCGCCGCGGCCGGGGACGACGCGAAUGCUGGACUCCCCGGUGUCCGCCCUGGAACCCGUACGGACGACCGACCAACUGUGCGCCUCCAGGGCAUAGAGUUUACAACAAACCACCUCCCUGCAAAGCAGUUGAUCACACGGUCAGCCUGGUGGACUCGGGCGUGGACGUUCCAGGAAGGCUGGCUGUCGCCGCGAUGCUUCAUCUUCACGGCCGAAGAGGUGCUCUUCUGCUGCACGCGCUGGACUAGUCGUGAGUCGCUGCGCUCGUGCCGUCCUCACAUCCGCAACGGGCUGGCCACGCGGGUUUUCCAGACCCACGAGCUCGGCUUCCCCGCCGGAGUCGGCCAGAUUCUCGAGGAGCCGCGGAUCUCGAGCCUCUUCAACAACGUCAUGCGGCUGUACCAUCGCCGCCGCCUCAGUCUGGAGAGCGACAAGAUCCGCGCCGUCCAGGGCUGCAUCAACACCAUCGCCGAGAGCCACGGCAUCUCCGGCUGGCACGGCAUGCCCAUGCAAUGGGGCUGUAUCGCGGGCGCCCUCAUGUGGCGACACUUGCAGCUGGCGAAGCGCACGAACCUCGCGUUUCCCAGUUACUCCUGGGCCAGCUGGGACGCCGAGCCCGUCUACUUCCGCGAAUUCGACGUCUUCCAAGCCGACUUUGCGCGGAUCGAGGAGCUCGAACCCAUACCCGGCCUCCCCCCUACAUUCUCACCCGGGGCUGGCGGCUGCCCACCACUCUCCUUCACGGGAGAGGUUGCGUUAUUGCACAUCAAACCCAGCAGCGGAGAUGCAUGGUCUCUCGACGAACAACGACAUGUCGAAUCAGCCCCGGGGCUCUUUGCCGAUUGUUAUCCCGCCGAAGCGGCGUCAGGCGGAAAGCUCCAGUCCUCCGGACCACGCGAGUUUCUCGGCAUCGCCAGGGGUUUCCACCGCCUCAGCAACCAGGUCCUGGUCAUGACGAUGAUGAUCAAGCGCAAGGAAGGGUAUGUGGUUCGAAGCACGGUGCUCUGCGUGACGGACCGGGUGUGGAGCACGGCAGACCGUUGGCGCGAGACGCUGGUCUUGCUCUGA